AUAGGGGAGGCCGAGCUCGCGGACAGAGGGGCCGUGGACGUGGCUAUGGUCAGAAUUUUCAGAAUCAACAAGGCAAUUAUGUCCAGAAUUUUCCGCCGCCGCAACAGCCCGGUUAUCCUCACGGUCAGCAGCCUUAUGGAGCUCCUCGUGGUCAAUUUCCUUCGGGAAACUCAGGUUUUCCGUCUGUGGAUAAUUCUUAUCAAUCUCAUCCGCCCCCAGUUGUUUGUCAAAUCUGUUUCUCCCCAGGUCAUUCGGCUCUUACAUGUUCUCGGUUUCUGGCAUCGUCUACUCCAGCUCUGGCUGCUAUCCCCUCGGGUGAAACAAAUAGCUCUGUGUGGUAUCCUGAUUCGGGAGCAUCGGCUCAUAUGACACCUCAUGAAGGACAAUCAGACGGGGGUACAUCUACUUCAGGCUUCCAAUAAAGACCAUCUAUAUCCAUUCCAUGCCCUUCAGACUACGCUUGUUUCUGGACCUACAUGGCACAAACGUUUGGGGCAUUGUGGUGAUCGAGUUUUACACACGCUUCGGCAAAAACAUUUUAUUUCUUCUACUAGUACUUUUAAUCAUGAUUGUGUUUCUUGUAAGUUGGGAAAAUCCCAUAGACUACCUUUUCAGGAUGUUAUUCAUUCUUGUACUGCUCCUCUUGAACUUAUUCACUCAGAUGUUUGGCAAUCGC